GGCCACACUGGUAGAGAAGAACGGAGGGAGAAGAGGCAGGAAGGUCACCUCCUCCUCCCAGCCGGGCGUUUGGGCGGGGCGUCCGCUGGGGACCGGGGAGGGAGGCGACACUCCCCCGGCGCCUCCCGCGUCUGCCUGGCCUCGCAGCCGCCCCGGCGCCUCAGGCCUCGGUUCCCGGACAGUCAGAGCCUUAGCGCCGCCUCCGGAGAGGUCAUGGGGAGGUGGAUGGAAGUUAAUACCUGGCCCAGCCCUCUUCGGCUGUGAUGCAAAAGCAGCUCCCGCCACCGCUUUGCUCCAGGAGAGCCUCCUAACUAUCGGGCCGGGUCGAGCUUCCCGCCCCGCCAAGCGUGAGGGAAGCGCCUGCGACCCAGGCUCCGACAGCGGUCUGCAGAGAAAAGCUGCGACCAGCCUCCUUUGCUCUCUCCUAGCCCGCCAAAGGUCGAAGGGGGCGCGACCGGUCGCCUGCCCGCGGCGACCGCCCCCGGGGUCGGCUCGCCUAGGGCCUGGAUUCCCUUCAGAGACUCACACAGGGGUUGGUCGUGUGAGGGACAUUGCUAUUUGAUGUCACUCCUACUGGUUUUCAUUUCCAUUACACGAGGAACAUUGUCCCAAGGAACAGCUGUCACUCUCUGAGGGUGGCGACCCCCAUGGUUCACAAAGCCCAGAAGCAUCCCUGGAGUCUCCAGAUGAGUCAGGUGGGUCGUGUCUUCCCCGACAUGGACCAGGAAGCCAGCCAGCUGGAGAAGCGGCACGUGCAUGCUGUGUAUGAGGGCACUGCUCCAUACUUCAGCGACCUGCAGAGCAAAGCCUGGCCCCGGGUCCGCCAGUUCCUCCAGGAGCAGCAACCGGGCAGCCUCGUCGCUGACAUAGGUUGUGGGACUGGGAAGUAUCUUAAAGUGAACAGCCAGGUGCAUGCCCUGGGCUGUGACUACUGCGGGCCAUUGGUAGAGAUUGCCCGGAAUAGAGGAUGUGAAGUCAUGGUAUGUGACAACCUUAAUCUCCCCUUUAAGGAUCAGGGCUUCGAUGCCAUCAUCUCCAUAGGAGUCAUACAUCACUUUUCCACAAAACAGAGGAGAAUCAGAGCAAUAAAAGAGCUGGCCCGGGUCUUGGCCCCGGGUGGCCGGCUGAUGAUCUAUGUCUGGGCAAUGGAACAGAAGAACCGACACUUCGAGAAGCAAGAUGUGCUCAUUCCUUGGGACAGGACCUUGUGCUCCCAGCCCCUCUCAGAGUGCGGCCAGUGGGGCAGAAGGAGGCUGUGUGGACACGGGGAGACAAGCCGGCCCCACAACUCUCCCUGCUCCAACUGCGGCUGCUCCGUUUGUUUCAAGAAGCCAUGUACAUCAAGGCGGUCCCACAGCAUGGACUACGCACCUGUCAUGGCGGCAAGCUGCUGUGCGCCUGUUUCUAAGGAGGACAAUGGGUUCUAUAACACGCUAGGCAAGUCGUUCCGUUCCUGGUUUUCAUCCAGAUCUUUGGAUGAAUCCACUCUGAGGAAGCAAACCGAGAGAGUGAAACCCUUGAGGAACACGGAAGAAUGGGCCAACGGCACCGUGUCCGUCCAACCCUCCAGGCUCUCCAGCUGCGACUUCGAACCCCAAGAGCCAUUUUUCACAGUGGAGCAAAACCUCGAGGAGGACGUGUUUGAGGACGUGUCUUCUCAGAAGCCUCUGGAGUGGCUGGGAGUACCAGGCUCGUUGAAGCAUCUGGAUGGAGGCCCUCAUCGAGGUGGGAGGCGACAUGGAGGCGGGGAUUUUCUGGAGAGCACUAACUCCGGGGACAGUUGUUCGCACGCAGCUGAUUUAGAGGAAGGUGACCCUCCUGCCAGUACACUACUGAGCAGGAUUCCUGCACUGGGUUCUGCAGAUUCUAACUCGGAGGACACGAUUUCCCUCCCGGAACAGCAGCCUUCGGAUCCCAAAGCCUUCAUGCGCUACUACCACGUGUUCCGCGAGGGUGAGCUCUGCAGCCUGCUGACGGAGCAUGUGUCGGAGCUGCGCAUUCUCAGCUCUGGGAAUGACCACGGCAACUGGUGCAUCAUCGCCGAAAAGAAGGGAAGCUGGGACUGACUGCAGCCUUGCAGGCAACUCCUUCAAAAGAUGCCGAACCGGCCUUUCUCCAUCAGGUUUACUGUGGUUUCCUGAGUUUGCAGCACUUUUAUUUUCUAACCAGUUUAUACUUUGGUCUGUAAGGGACUGUGAAUUGAUCCUCUUUUGAAUAAUAUUUGCGGAGAGCAUAGAGCCUGGCAUCUAAAAUACUGGACACAGCACGUGAGCUGAAGCACGGCGUCAGUAUCAAAAACCUAAUGAAGCAAAAGAACAUUCACUUCAAAAUGAAAUGCUGGUUAGAUUACCUUAAUAUGGCUUUUCAGUAUUAUGUAUUGACUUUUAAAAGACUUUGGUGGUAAAUAUGCCUUUACAGUAGUGUUUUUAUAGAGAACAGGGGUGUUUUCUUGCUGUUAGUGCAGACGACCCCUGUGCAAAUGACCGGUGUGCUUGUCCCACUGGGCCGAUGGAUGUUGAACUUAGGAUGAACUAUUUUGUGUCCAGGACUUUGCUGCUUUUUUUAAGCCUUCAUAGAAGUAAGGCUGCAGAGAGACAAGAAAGUUAAAAUUAUUUCCUGUGUUAACUAGUGAACUUACGUCAGUAUGACUGGGCCUGCGUGGAUUUCUAAAAAUAAUCUGGCACUUUAUUUUAUUGAGUGCUCCUGAUAUUAGAAAUGUAUCCAAAAUCAACUUCCCCUUCAAAUUGACUAAAGGUAGAAUUUCUGCCCCCUUUUAGAAAAAUGAAUGAAUUGGUAUUGUAUAGUCCCUGUGCC